UGGCGCGCAGUACGCUUUGAGUGGCCGAACCGGUAUCACUCUGUUGAUAAUAAUUUUAUUUACUUUUGUAACGAGCUGACGCGGACGCGCGGCCUGUAAGCGUUAGCUUUGUUUGUGUUGUGCCCAUACUCUGCCGGGGUUCGCGCGUGUUCCAAUUUUGAAAACGUUUUUUUUUUCUUUUGUUUAUUAGUUUUUUAUGUUAGUGAUCACUGAUUACGUAUGAAAUUUGUCGUGAAAUAGUGUUUUUUUUUUUAUUUAUUAAAGUGGUUUGUGUAAGUGAAUUUGGUAAUACAUUGUGAAUAGCGUGUCCUUAUUUUUGGCACAAUAUUUGGCAGAAUAAACGCUCUCGAAAUGACAAUGACGAUUCACCAAAGCGACGGUGCCCGUCGCUCACCAUAAAAUGCGUUCGCUGCUGGCGUACUACGCUGAAGCAGUGAUGGCGGCGGCGGCUCGCGGCGCGGGCUGUGCGCACGGCUGCAGCGGUCGCGGCGACUGCAUGAACGGCACCUGCCUGUGCGAGAUCCGGUACUCGGGGGACGAGUGUGCCGGGCCCAACCUGCCGUACCAUGCCUGUAUAGGGGGUGUGUUCCUCCUGGUGGCGUUUGUCUGCGCUGUCCAGCUGACCAUCUGCGUGGUCACGGAGUACCGGCGGCUGAAGGCCCCGACCUUCCUGCGCGCCUGCAAGGUCACCACACAGAAGAUGCUCUACCUGGUAGCCUUCCUGGCUUCCCUCAUCAGAGGAGCCUACUUCGUGUCGCCGGUGAGCGAGAAUUCGGCGUUCCAAGAGGGCUGGGCUACGAGUCUCCUGUCCGCGUACUAUCCUCUGCUUAUGUCCGGAUCCUCCCUCAUAGUCUGCUUCUGGGCUGAGGUUUUCCACCUACGCGACAUACGUUGGGAGAGGCCGAGGUUCCUGUCCAAGUCGUUCCUGGCGUUCGUGACCUUCAACUUCAUCAGCUACUCGCUGCUGGCUGCGGAGGUGCUCACCACCAACGUCGCUGACACUUCGCCUGACAAAAAGAGUUUCUACCAGCACGUGUUCAAUGGCUGCUACGCGGUCCUUCUCUUCAUAGUCGUCAUAUUCUUCCUCAUCUACGGCGUCGAGGUCUAUUUUAAGCUUCGUGGCGAGUUCCUGAAGGAGACCAAGGUAUGCACGAUCAUAUCACCGCGGCCGGGGCCCUCCAGCGCUGACGAUGGCGACGACGUGCAGGACACCCUCGUCACUAAACAGGGCAUCCAGACAGACUUGGCGGACGGCUCCGGCUCGGUGGACCCGCGCUCGGUGGACGUCUCGCAGCUGCACCAGUCGCGCUUCGGCCUUAUCAGCCAGGCCUUGAUGCUCAUCCUCAUCGCCGGCUUCCUCGCCUCUGAGACCCUCAGCGAGUUCUGGAAAACCAAAGUCCCAGUGGUAUCCCGCAACUGGCACGACCUGGUGUUUCGCCUGGCGGAGAUCGGCGUGGCGCUAUGGUUCCCGUGCGUGCUGUGGAACUCCAUGGCUCCCGAGCGGCUCUGGUUGCUCAACCCCCGGCGGUUGCUGGCCCGCCAGCUCGACGACGCCAGGCUCUCCGACUUACUAGCGCACCAUCAUGACGCUAAGACACCCCGUCGUCCCCAGAGCAUAGUGCAGUUCUGCCGACAGAAGUGGAACGACCGUUUGCGGGUAGUCCUCAACGUGAUGUGUUACUGGCGCUGUUUCAUCACCACUGUCGUUUUGAGGAUCUUGGUCCCGCCUCUAGCUAUAAGGCAGGGUGACAUCGUUAAGCUGGAAGCACCGCCCUUACCGCGAAAACAGAAUGUGGAGACGGACUCGCUGGUGGGCAGCGUGGGCUCGGCCCGCGACUGCUGGAUCUGUUACGACAGCGCGCGUUCGGAGCCGCUCAUCCGGCCGUGUCGCUGCACCGGGGACGUGUCCGCCGUGCACCAUGACUGCCUCAGCCGGUGGCUCGUUGAGAGUGCGCAGAGUCCUGACGGACUGAAGUGCAAAGUAUGCAACACACCCUACAUAGUGCAGGAGACGAACAGGGUGGUGUGGGAGCGCGGGUUCACGUGCGCGCACUGGCUGCGCACGGCGCUGGCGGUGGCGUGCAUGUGCGGCGCGGGCGGCGCGGCCUGGGUGUGCGUGCAGCUGGCCGUGUCGCCCGUGGCGCGCGUGCUGGCCGCCGGCGCCGCGCUGCUCGUCUGCUACGUGGCCAUCAGAUUCCUCGGUAUGAACACAGUGAGCGCGUACCAGCGUGCCAAGGUCUCGUCCCUGCGCAUCCUGACGGAGCCGCUCACCGAGAUCACGGGCCACAGCGACCAAGGCCAGCUGUCCACCAUCAGCAAGACGGUGACCGUAGAGAUAGCCUCCAAGGCAGUCCUCGAACGAGCCCUCAAAGGCGACGUCAAGUAAAACCAGUAACGAAGUAACAGUUAUUUACGUCAGUACAAACGCAGUGAUCAGUUUUGUGAUACAGUGAUCGUGUUACGGACUUAAUUUAUUCUCGUGAUAACUCGAUGUGAACUAAGAACUUUGUCAGUUAAGACUUUGCCCGAAAAAACUACUCCUGAAAGGGAAAAUGUUGGCCCCCCUGAGCGGGAAAAUGUUGGCCACCCCUGAAGAGUGGUGUACUGACUAUUAAAUCGAGUGGAAGUGACUUUAUCGAUUAAUCGACUAAAUACUUUGUAUGAAAUCGAUUAUUUUAUUUUAUGCCCACCUGCUAUGGGUGGGGGAUUUAUUCCAAACUUAAAUUUGCCUUAUUUUCUUUGUAUUUAAAUGUGACUGUUUUUAAGCCUAAACUAUGUAAAGCUAUUUUAAUAUUCUAAAUUAUUCUGAGGACAUUAAGACAGUGGAAAUGAUUGUAGGAAAGUAGAGUCAGCUUAGAAACAUGAUGAGGUUGAAAUACGUAUGUAUAAGCUACACGACAUGACGACACAUAUAGUCAAUAAACAUAAUGAUGAUAAUGAUAAUGAUACUUUCGUGACCACCUUUUUUCAAAGUAAUUUCAACCGACAUAAAAUUUGCAACCUACCACACGCAAGUACAGAAAUGGAUUAAAAAAUGUAUCAUUAGCCAUGCAGAAACCGAGAGGUUACAAUUUAUACCAGUCUAUAAAUGACCCACUGUUGGGCAAAGGCCUCCUAACUACGGAUUGACCAUUCCAGAUUAUCAAAAUAAUAUCAAUCUUCAAGAUGUCUGCCGUGUCGUGUAAAUAGAUCAUUUAUGUCCAUUCCCUUACAUUAUGAUAUACGUAUUUAUAUUAUUUCAGUUUCGUGAGAAGUACUUCCAUUUUAGGUUAGUUUUACUACUGGUGAUAUAUUUUAGUUGUCAAUGUGUGUAUUUUGUUUGGCUCCGAAAAUUACCAGCAUUUGUUUUUUUCUUAAGUAUUAGGCUUUAGUCGGUGCGACUAAGCCGAAAAUAUUCCUUUUUUUCCUUUGCUGGGCAAAGGCAUGCAACAAAAAAUAUUUUUUUUAUUUCUAAAUAUUUAAAAAAUAAAAUACUCACACUGGCAAAUUCCGGAGUAUUUUUCACGAAACUAAAUUGUAUAUAUCGAUAAAUAACUAUAGUUUUGAACGUAGGAAGUAGAAGAGGCUAUGGCGGGAGUUCCUAACCGCUGCGUGUUGUGAUAUAUUAAAACAGCGGUUUUUGCCUGAUUUAUACGAAAAUCCUUAUUAAAAACAUAAAAAUUGCAAAUAAAUAUAAAUAUCUAAC